AUGCCGUUUUACCGAACAUCUUAUACCAACAAGGUUAAGGUGUUUAUCAACUUCCUACUAGCCAAUCCUAAAACGGUGAUAUUGGUGCCCAUAAUGUUUUCCUUCAUAAUAUCAUACGGCGUUUGGUAUGAUCUAACAAUAAAACGACUCAAUUUUCAAAUCCAGGGGUACUUCGAUAAUAACUUAAAUCAAGUGCUCACACCGUCAUCGUCAUCUUCACCGCAUGCAUGGACUUCUCCCCAAGAUGUAACAUCUUUAGUUCACAACGAGUUGACCAUACUAUCUCAUAGUCUCUCAGAGUUGGACUGGGAGAAUGAGAAUUUCACAUUAACCAAAAUAACCAUAUCAGGGGCAGACAAUUUACAUGAGUACCCCUUUUCAACUUCGUCCAAUUACAAUGUACUAUCGUAUGGUUUCUUAGACCAGUUGAAUAAAUUCCAAGAGCAACUCCUCGCGAAUCAUUCAAACAUUAUCGAAAUAAUAUCUCCCUUGUCGUUUUGGCCGGUACAAUUCAACAAAAAUGAAAGUAUAAUGGAUCUGAAAGUAUACAAGCGACAAUCGGAUGUACUCUUGAGGUAUAUCAAUUCUAAAACUUCAAUGCACUUGGAUUCGUUCUUUUUGAAGGACAUAAGUCGCUUGAACUCGUUAAUAAAUCACGCUAGGAAAUUGAGCAUAUAUGUGCUUAGCAAAGGCGAAGAAACAAUUUCUAAGAGUGAAAGUGGCACCUCAUGUUCACAUUUCCAGUUAAAGCUUCAAUCCACCACAAAGAUUGUUAGUAUCAAAGAUUUUGUCAGCUUCAUAAACAGAGAAGCCGAAAAAACCAUAUCAUACUACUCCAUAUUAAGCAACUUGUUGAUUAACUCGAUAAUAGUUAUCAUUAUCAUAGGAUUCUUUGCAUAUACUACGCUAUGUAUAUUAAAUCAAUACAAAAUCAGAUCCAAGUUUGGAUUAUUGCUUGGCUGGUAUAUCGAGGUGAUGAUUUCCAUCUGUGCAUCGGUCUCGAUUCUUAGUUAUUGGAAGGGUGUACCAUGGACUGUGUUAUUUGAACCGUCUACGCUUGUUACGCGAUUUUCUUUCGUUUUUUUAAUCCUGUUAAUCAGUAGUAACAGUAUGCUUAACUUAAUUACCUAUCUUUCUGGAGAUAAUGGUUUUUAUGAAGGUGAGAACGGAUUAAGGAUUAGAUUACUUAAAUUUUACAUCGGUAUUGACCCACUAGUGAAUCCUCAAGCUAGGAUUGUUGAUGAUGGCAGUAUUAGUACUUCUGAGAUUGGUAGCUUUCCUGCUGGAGGAGUAACCAUUACCAAUGGCGGUGUUUUUGAGGGUUUACAGGAUCAUAUUUCUAUCCAAUGCCUGCAUGCUUGUAGAAUUAUGAAUAAGGGGUUUGGUCUUAUGAAGAGAGUUUUCUUAGUUCCCUUGACUGCCAAAUGCUUGUUUAUGAAUUUAUUUGUUUUUACAUUGUUGAAAUCUGCAAGUACGUCGGUAGUGAAGUCUUAUUAUACUGGAGAAAUUGGAGUAUAUUUCAGUUCAAGAAUAUCGAAUUUUAUUUCUGCAGUAAUGAUUGCAAUAAUAAUCGACCAGAUUUUACAAUUGACAUAUUUGGUUUGUAUCGUAGUGAUGGACUUGAAACGAUUUGAAUUGACUGACUUGUUGAAAAUUGUUACUACAACAUCUGGUAGUGGAGCUAAUGGAACUGCGAUACCAGAAGGGACCUCUAUUUUUGCGCACACGGAGGAACUUUUUGGGGUUAACAUCUUUUCUAAAGUUCUAUUGAGACUCUGUAAACCACCGCAACUCAGACCUUCAAGAUCCUCCUUCCGUCACAAAUUUGGCCAAUUUUUGCUCAACAUUAAGAAUCCUGCGCCUUCGUGUCUUAGACUUGGUUUUAACACAUUGAUCACUAUAGGUUUUCUAAUUGCGACUUUUGUUAGUUGGACAGUAUCUAUUCCACAUGAAAUCUUAAAUGACGAAAUUCAGUUUUAUGAAGAAAUAACGGUGGUACAUCAAUCUUAUGAUAUUCUUUACUACAUGGAAUUGAUUUCCAUAGUGUUAUUCAUCAUUGGGGUGGCUGGAGUUACAUUUAGAUAUACUUAUAGUGAGAUUGCCAAGGAAAUGAAGAAAUCUGCAUCAAAUUUAUCACAAUCAACUUCAAUAGAUUCACUCUUUGAAUUUGAUUACGAAUCAAAAAAAUUUUUUAAUUAUAUUGACUUGAUAGGGUACGGUCAUACCUUAGAUGUAUUGAAGAUUAAAACUAAUUCCGCUUCACCUUUCAUUGUCACUAUAGGGUUGGAUCAUAAAAUAUUGAUCUGGUCUCCAUUAUACAAACCAGAAAUUCCUAGGCCAAUUAAUAUUGGCUCAAUCAAUGCAACCAAUGGAAAGGAAUUCUGGCCAAUUAACCACAUAAACAUUAGUAAUGAUGGAAACUACACCAUAUUAAUUAACUAUAAGAAUGGAUUAGUCAAAUGCUACGAAAGAAAACAAUUAAAAUAUUCAUGGGAAAUUCAAUUACCUGAGGAAAUUGUCAAUAGUAAUUUUGGAAAAUUGAAGAUUUUGGAAUCAUUUUUUAGAAGAAGAACAGUUCCUGGAUAUUUAACUAGGAAGAUUCAUCAACAGAAAAAAGCCGCAAGAAGAAGUGAUAGUAGAAGGAAUAGUGUUAGCUCUUCAGCUUCUUUCUCUUCCAACACUUCAUCAUUGAAUGGAAAUUAUCAAGCACCUCUGAUAAUCACUGAUAUGUACAAGGGUAUUAAUGAGGCAAGUGAGACAAAUAAUGGACAUUCUGAAAGUUAUAAAAACCAAUCCAACGGAAAUGGCCCUUCUAACGAUAUAGACUCUGCUUUGUCUCCGAAAGAUGACUUCAUUGUCAUUCUUGAGUCUGGUAUUAUCGUUUCAAUUGCUUGUGGUGAUGGCUCAAUUAAAACAUGCAACAUAUUCCAAUCAACCUAUCUUCUGGAUGCUGGAAACUCCUUAAAGGUGACUUCCUCUAAAAAGAUGUCAACUCCUAGAAUUUGUGAUAGGAUUAUCUGUCACUUGAACAAUUUUGAUAUCAUUGUGGUUUCCUUAAUGAACAAUAACUUCAUUGUCAAGAAAUUGAAUAUUCAACAUGGAUUUUAUAAUAUGGCACGGAAACUAGUUGCUCCAUUAAUGACUAAAUCGAUUAGUGAGAGCAAUGAUUUUAAAUCAGUAUACAACACAAGGGGUACCACUGGUGGUAAUGGGGAUAGUCUGUACAAGUUUAAUCCUUCUACUAUAGACAUGUCUUCCGAAUUUGGAUCUGAUUUUGCUUCAUCUUCAAGUUUUCAAUUCAACCAGUCACUUAUUGUUCCAGUUGAGUUUGUUGGGAUGGUCAUAAGAGUAAAGAAUUUGUCUGCUGAACUUAUAGAUAUUCAAAGUGGGAUGCUUUUAAGGACUUUUAGUAUUGGCCACUUCAAACCCAAUUCAUUUCGAGUCUCGCACCUGGAGCCUACGCAUUGUAAGUUUUGUGGUUGUGCAUCUAUUCAAUCAUUUUCCUUAAUAUAUCAAGAGCAUGACUCCAACACUUUGAUUAUGCAUACUUUUAGAAUUGAUGCCAAGAAACUGAAGAACAAUAUUUGUUUAAGAGUGGAAAGAGAUCCCAGAGAAAUCAGAUGCUUGGGUUUUAAUGCAGUUGCAGAACAUCAAUAUUGGUUUGACAAUGUAGAGAAAUGGGAAUUGACUGAUAUUAAUGUCAUUAUUGGAUUGAAAAGAAGAAACAAGAUCAAUGAGGUUGCUUCAGUAACAAAAUUGCAAUCAAAUGAUUGUGAAAUGGAAAGAUGUGACAGUAGUGCACUGACAAGCAUUGAUCGCCAUUUUUCAUCCUUAGUUCAAGGCAGUGGUUUGACUUCGUUGAGAUCACGGACAAAGGGAGAACUUUCAAAACCCAUUUCUUCCAGCAGCAGCGAGCAGAAGCUCACUUUUGAUGACCUUUGGGAGGGUUUCAUUAUUACUGCUAAUGACGGAAAAUUGAUGAACUAUCGUAUACCAUCGGAUAAUUCUUCUCCUUCAGUAUCAGUUUCCAGUCCCUUAUGUAUUGAAAAGUUUGGUUAUAAAUCUGUUGCAAUUAGUUUUGAGAACUUAAUUAAAGUCAUUUACCUCGGGAGUGAUAAACUUAUAGAAAAAGAUCUUUACUACAGUGGUACCAACACUGGGUUGGGCAGUGUAUUCCCAAACUCCGAUGUGAAUGUGACGGGGGUAAAUAAUGGCCUUUUGUUUAUUAACAAGAGACGUAUGCACAGAGAAAAGGGAGUUAGAAGGUAG